GGAGCCGAACCGAGCCGAGCAGAGCCGGACCGGGCCGGGAGCAGCCGAACCCGCUCGGGCCGAGCCCAGCGGAGCCGGGAGUAGCCGAAGGCGCCGGGGCCGGCGGCUCCGCUGCGGGCCAUGGGGCAGAUCGAGUGGGCCAUGUGGGCGAACGAGCAGGCGCUCGCCGCCGGGCUCAUCCUGCUGACGGGCGGGAUCGUGGCCGUGGCGGGGCAGUUCAAGGGCUGGUACUUCGCGGCCUAUUCCAUCGCUGCCGGCGUCCUGGUCUGCCUGCUGGAGUAUCCCAGGAGCAAACGGAAAAAGGGAUCCACCAUGGAGAGGUGUGGCCAGAAGUACCUGACGGCCGUGGUGAAGCUGUUCGGGCCCCUCACCAGGAAUUACUACAUCCGAGCCGUCCUUCACGCCACCCUGGCUGUCCCUGCCGGUUUCCUCCUCUCCACCAUCCUGGGCACCGUCUGCCUGGGCAUCGCCAGCGGCAUCUACCUGCUGGCUGCAGUUCGAGGGGAGGAGUGGAGACCCAUCGAGCAGAAGCCCCGGGAGCGGCCGCAAGUGGGGGGCACCAUCAAGCAGCCCCCCAGCAACCCCCCGCCCCGGCCCCCGCCCGACGCCCGCAAGAAGCAGCCGGAGGUGGGGGGGCAGGUGAACCCCAUCCCUGUGGAGGCGGAAUAACGGGGGAUCCUCCUGCCCCUCUGCCCUGCUCCUGCUUCCCAGCUGCUCCUGGAUCCGCCACGGGGAACGGGAUCCUGGGGAUCCCCGAAAUCCUGGGGGUGCUGAGCUCCUGGUGAUGCUCAGAUCCCUGCGGUCAUCAGGGAUCCCCAAAUCCCCAGUGAUGCUGUGUGUGGGGUCCCCAGCUCCCGGGCAUCUCCAAAUCCCCAGCAAUGCUCAGCUCCUUGUAGGAUCUCCCGGGGAUCCCCGAAUCCCCUUAGAUGCUCAGCUCCCGAAUUCCCAGCGAUGUGCUGCUCCCUGUAGGGUUUCCAGCCCCCAGGGGCUUCCCAGCUUCUGGAGAUCUCCAAAUCCCUGUGGGGUCUCCAGCUCCCAGGAACUCCCCAGCUCCUGGAGCUCCCCAAAUCCCCGAGGAUGUUCAGCUUCCUGUGGGGUCUGCAGCCCCCAAGAGCUUCCCAGCUCCUAAGGAUCCCCCAAAUCCUUGGGGAUUCUCAGCUCCCUGUGAGUCUCCUGUUCCCGGGGGCUCCUCAGCUCCUGGGAAACCCCAAAUCCCUGGGGAUGCUCAGCUCCCUGAGGGUCCCAACUCUCCAAGCACCCCCCCACCUCGGUUCCCUGGGGGAUCCCCAAAUCCCUGUGGAGCUCCAGCUCUCGGGGAGCCCUGGGGGGAUCAGGCAGCUCUGCUCCACCUCUCCCUGGUUUUUGUCAUUUCUGCGGUUGCUGUUGCAAUAAAAAGUGGGAAAGGCACCGGCUGCUGCUCCAGGGGGAAUCCUCCCAUUCCUGCCCUGCUCCCGGGGCGGCUGGGACAGGACUGGGAGGUGUUUUGAGGACAAACGGUGCGAAUAUGGGCAAAUCCAGGGUGCUGAUGUGCAGAGUACGGCCACGGCAGGGUCCCCUCCCAAAAUCCUUAUGGAGGAAAUGGAACUGGGAGGGCCCCACACUGCAGCUGCACAGGGAGUCCCAAAGGAGCCCCCCAAAACCUGGGAUAACCCCCAGCAGGGAAUAUGGGGAGCAUUUCCCUUCCCAAUCCCACUCGUGGGUGCCAAAUCCUUGAUCCCACUGGGACCAGCAGCCGCCCCGGGUCCCCCUCUGCCCCCUCCCCACACAGACCCUCGGGGGGUGCAGGUGGCCCCGUGCCCCCCAGGAGUGUCCCGGGCCCGUGGGAUGCGGUGCCCGGGGGCAGAGCCCUGGGAAGGCCGUGGGUGUCGGGGUGCCAGGGCUGGGGGUGUGGGGCCCCCCCGUGCCCUGCCGCCCUCCCCGUCACCUCCCAGUUCAUCCUGCACUGGGUGCACUGGGGCCGUGCCCACGGCUGGGCAUUGCCCGUGGAUGUGCCUCUGUCCCUGUGCCCCAGUUCCCAACAUCCCACUGCCCCUGGGCUGGGAACAGAGCGAGGACAAAGCCGGGGCUCGUUGGCUUUUAUUUGCAGCGUUAAAUAGCACUGGGGAGGAGACAAUAAAUAGCUUUUUUUUUGGGGGGGGGG